GUGUCUGUGAAGUGCGUGCUUUGGGGGAAAAUAUAUAUUUAAAAACCUUAAUGGAAGCAAAAAUAAAGAGGGAAUUGGGGACAACCCUGCUUAAAUCCACCGGUCACUCUGGAGGUGGAUGCAUCAGCGAGGGCCAGAGUUAUGAUACGGACACCGGGAGAGUGUUCGUGAAGAUAAAUCACAAGAGCGAGGCCAAGUUGAUGUUUGAUGGGGAGAUGGCCGGUUUGGACGCCAUUCUUAAGACACAAACUGUCAAGGUGCCCAGCCCCGUUAAGGUGAUUGAGCUUGACACAGGCGGAUGCGUGUUUGUGAUGGAGCAUGUGGACAUGAGAGGUCUCACCAAGUACUCAAAACACCUUGGAGAGCAGCUGGCAGACCUACACCUCCACAACCAGAGAUUAAUGGAAAAAGUCAAUAAAGAGCAGCAGACUGUAGGAAAAGGAAGUGGUCAGUCAGAUGUGGAUGUGGUCGAAAAAUUUGGCUUCAGUGUAACUACAUGUUGUGGAUAUUUACCACAGGAAAACGAGUGGCAGAAUGACUGGGUGACAUUUUACUCCCAGCAGAGGCUGCAACACCAGCUUAACAUGGUGGAAAAAUCUUAUGGAGACAGGGAGGCUCGGGAAUUAUGGUCCAAGCUACAGCUUAAAAUCCCUCAGUUAUUCAAAGAUGUCUCCAUCGUCCCUGCACUUCUCCAUGGAGACUUAUGGGGAGGCAACGUGGCAGAGUGCUCAGAUGGCCCAGUCAUCUUUGAUCCUGCUUGCUUCUACGGUCAUUCAGAGUAUGAGUUGGGUAUUGCUGGGAUGUUUGGUGGAUUCAACAGCUCUUUUUACUCUGCAUAUCAUGCAAAGAUCCCGAAAGCACCAGGAUUUGAAGAGAGGAACCAGCUUUACCAGCUAUUCCACUACCUGAAUCACUGGAACCACUUUGGUGGGGGCUACAGAGGCUCUUCAGUCAGAAUUAUGAAGAACCUUCUGAAAUAACUUUGCUGAUUAUCAGUAAAAGCAAACUUUACAGUCUUAAAACAAAAAACAGUAUUAUGCAUAUGUAUAUAUUACAAAUUCAACAAUGCACUGUAGCUAAGUGCUGAGAAGACCAAAUAUAAUAUUAACAAUGUAGUCUACUCUAGUGUGUCAUUGAUCCAAAAUCACUUUUGUGAAAGCAGUGUUAUCUUGCUUGCUCGCUCAAGUUACACCAAAUCCAGCUUUAGCAGAAAAUAAUCUUAUAUUUUAGUCACUGUUUUUGUUACUAAUCUGGUACUUUGUAAAAAUGAAGGAGUUUCACAAUAAAACACAAGAUCAUAAGGAUAAAACCUGAACAAAGAAGUUGUGACUUUGUCCCUGUCCAUCUGACUUGAAUAAACUUAACAGCUGUGAGGAGGGUGUUGAUUCUUCAGUGUAUGCAUUUCUGCACAUGCUUCCAAGAUGUUUAUUUGCAGAGCCUUGUU